CUUCCAUUUCCCUUCACCGGCAUCACUAUAUUUGGAGAUAGCAGCUAAGAAGGCAACAUGAUGGCAUUGCAAUACUUCCUAGCAGUCAUGGAAAAACAUAAGCCUUGUAUUGUCAUGGUGAUUAUACAAUUCAUCUACACAGGCAUGUCCCUCUUCUCUAAAGCAGCAAUAGCUGAAGGCAUGAAACCUUCAAUAUUUGUUGCCUAUAGACAAGCAUUAGCCACACUUGCCUUGGCUCCCUUCGCAAUUUUCUUUGAAAGCCAAAAGUCUCAUCCACUAUCACUCAAUGUACUCUGCAAGCUGUUUCUUGUGUCAUUAUGUGGGGUAACGUUAUGUUUAAAUCUUUACUAUGCUGGAAUGAAUUACACCUCAGCAACUUUUGCUACGGCCAUGACCAAUAAUAUACCAAUCAUGGUCUUCAUCAUGGCUGUCUGUUUAAGGAUUGAAAGCCUAAGUAUUACUCAAUGGCAUGGGAUGGCCAAAGUGUUAGGCGCAGUUAUUUGUCUUUCAGGGGCCAUGGUAAUCACUUUCUACAAAGGUCCUGCUUUGUAUUCAGAACAUGGCAAAGAAGCCUCACACAAUUCUUCAAGAACCUAUACUAAAGAAGAAUGGAUAAAAGGUUCUCUUCUCAUGCUUGGAUCAAACUUAACAUGGGCUAUCUGGCUUAUUAUGCAGGCUUCAAUUCUCAAGCAGUAUCCAGCAAAACUUCGGCUAACAACAUUGCAGUGCUGUUUCAGCUGCGUGAUUUCGACAGCUUAUAGCGCAGCUGUGGAGCGGAACAUAUCCUCCUGGAAACUUGGAUGGGAUAUUAAUCUUCUCUCCGUAGCUUAUUGUGGCAUUGUAGUCACCGGGCUGUCAUACUGGUUGCAAGUAUGGGUAGUGGACAAGAGAGGGCCUGUAUUUACAUCCAUUUUCAGCCCGAUAGCACUCCUUUUAACAGCAAUCUUUUCAGCAAUGAUUUUUAAGGAGACGCUUCAUUGGGGCAGUGUUCUGGGGGCUGUUCUUUUAGUGGCUGGCCUGUACAGCUUUUUGUGGGGCAAGAAUAAAGAGACUGAAAUCCAUGGAAGUGAAGAAAAAUCAAAUCAGACUAAAGAAGAGGUUGCAUUGGAGUGCAUCACUUGUACACCAACCUGUGAUGAGGAUGGAGAAGAAAAAAGAUGAAAUAUAUAUAUAUAUAUAUAUAUAUAUAUAUAUAUAUAUAUAUAUAUAUAUAUAUAUUACUUAAAAUCAAAUAGGAACUCUGAGCCUGAGGCAAUUCUCCACAUUCAUGGAUUCUCCACUAGAAAUGCAGACAGAUGCAUUUCAAGAAUCUUUGUGACUUCUUUUUUGUCAAUCAGUGAAUGAAUUCUGCCCAAAAAAGAAAAGGAAUGAAUAUUUAAUU